UGGGAAGGCGUGCUAGCCAAUGGGCGGGAGCGGGCGGUGACAGCGCAGUGACUGAGGCUGGCAGAGUGUGUUGUACUGCCGUGAGGGACUGGAGCUGCGAACGUCGGAAAGAUUUCUGUCGGCGGGACCGGAGAAAAGUGAAGCCAGGCGCCUCUCACAGUAGCUUGAAGAAUUCUUCAGACUGAGGAGUCUUUCUUUUGGUCCCCAGAUACCCUCAUGAACAGAAACACAUCAAGCCGGUGGUCUGCGGAAGCAGAAAGAAAGCAGAAAUAGGUCUUUUGGAUUUCAGCCUUGAGGUGCCGACACUGGAGAUGAGGACUUCAGAAGAGCAAGCAGCCACCACAGUUUUGCAGCGAUUGCUGCAGGAGCAGCUGCGUUACGGGAAUCCUAAUGAGAACCGCAACUUCUUGGCACUUCACCAACAAGCCACAGGGAACGUGCCUCCAUAUGGUAGUGGUCAAGGUUCCCAAAACGAGGGUCUGUCCUCACAAGACCCCCAGUUAGUUCCACAUGCAGCCCGCCAGGAGCCACAAGGGCAGGAGAUCCAGGUGGAGAAUCUGAUGGAAAAACAGAUACCACUGAGAGCUCAGAACAGUGAAGAUCUUCCUACUUAUGAAGAGGCUAAAGUGCAGUCUCAGUAUUUUAGAGGACAGCCUCACACAAGCGUUGGAGCUGCCUUUUAUGUAACUGGUUUAACAAAUCAGAAAAUGAGGACUGAAGGUCGCUCUACAGUUCAGAGAGUUAGUCCAGGAAAAGUCCAUCAGGAUGAUGGGCUGAAGGACCUCAAGCAUGGUCAUGUGCGGUCAUUAAGCGAGAGGCUUAUGCAGCUAUCCUUAGCCACCAGUGGCGUGAAAGCCCAUGCUCCUGUUACUAGCGCCCCUCUCUCCCCACAACCCGGGGACUUCUACAAGAAUUCUGGCUCCAAUGAUAUGUAUAAGAAUCCCUCUCAAAGUGGUGGACAGAAGGUAAUUGAGCACAGAGGCCCUCCCCCUGAUUAUCCCUUCAAAAACAUUUCAACUCUUCCAUUGCAAGGAAAAUCUAAAGAAGUGGGACAUCACUAUGGGGAACACAGAGGCAGCCUACUGAACCGUUCUGAUGGGCCUAUGGUCCGAUACCAGCCUCCUCCAGAAUAUGGUGCCUCCAGGCAGAAUCAGGAUGUCCAGCAACAGAUCCAGCACAGACCUUCACAUUAUCACAGUCCAACUUCCUCUCUCACCUCCUUGGGAUCUAUGAGCCUUUUGCAGUCACCACCCUCAACAAUCAUGUCCCCUUCCCAGCAACAACCACCAUCACCAAGCUAUGGGGACUUCUAUACAGUGCCUUCUCGGUCUAUUCACAUUCCUUUGGCCAAUCCGUUCCAGCAAGGGGAUGUGUAUCGCUCCACUCAGUUUCAAUUAGGGCAGCAGCAACAACAGAUGGACCCUGUAUUGUUGAGGCCUCCUUCGUUGCCUUCACCAUUUUCUCAGAUGCAAAACGACCCCUUUACUAUUGUUUCCCGGGCCCAAAAUAUGGUCAGCCUUUUAUCAGAGGAGAACCGAUCGUUAAGAAAAGAGCUGGAAGAUUGCUAUGAAAAAGUGUCUAGGUUUCAGAAGAUGGAAAUGGAAAUCCAGAGAAUCUCUGAAGCUUAUGAAAAUCUCGUGAAGUCCUCAUCCAAGAGAGAAAACUUGGAGAAAGCCAUGAGAACGAAACUAGAGGAGGAGAUUAGAAGGAUACAUGACUUUAAUAGAGACCUGAGAGAACGCAUGGACACUGCAAACAAACAGCUUGCAGCAAAGGAGUUUGAAGGCUCUGAAGACAACCGCAAAACAAUAUCUCAGUUGCUUGCACAAAACAAGGAGUUACAGAGGGAGAAGGAAAAACUGGAGAUUGAGAUUUCCUCUCUACGCUCAACUAAUGGGGACCAAAGAAGGCAUAUUGAAAUACGGGAUCAGGCUCUAAACAAUGCACAGGCCAAGGUGGUUAAACUAGAAGAAGAGCUGAAAAAGAAGCAAGUUUAUGUGGAUAAGGUGGAGAAAAUGCAGCAAGCCCUGGCUCAGCUUCAGGCUGCUUGUGAAAAGCGAGAACAGCUGGAGCACCGUCUAAGGACCAGGCUAGAGAGAGAGCUGGAGUCUCUUCGUAUGCAACAGCGACAGGGGAACUCUCAGUCCAGCAAUGUCUCUGAAUACAGCGCUGCCACUCUCAUGGAGCUACUGAGAGAGAAGGAGGAGCGGGUGCUGGCACUUGAAGCCGAUAUGACCAAGUGGGAGCAAAAGUACCUGGAGGAGAGUGUUAUGAGACAGUUUGCACUGGAUGCUGCUGCCACCGUGGCUGCUCAGAGAGACACUACAUCAAUCAGCCAUUCUCCAAGUGGGAGCUUUGACACUACUCUUGAGGAGCGGAUCCAAAAGGAGGAAGAAGAGAUUCUUUUGGCCAACAGACGCUGUGUAGAUAUGGAGGGAAGGAUAAAGACUCUACACGCCCAGAUCAUUGAAAAAGAUGCAAUGAUUAAAGUUCUUCAUCAGCGUUCCCGCAAGGACCCUAGCAAGACAGACCAAUCAUCUACCAUGCGUCCUUCCAAGUCACUUAUGUCCAUUUCCAAUGCAGGAUCUGGACUGCUGUCCCACUCCUCUGCACUGAGUAGCACUCCCAUUUUAGAAGAGAAGCGGGAAGAUAAGAGUUGGAAAGGCAGUUUGGGAGUACUACUUGGAACUGAAUAUCGAUCGGAAUCUGCAUCCUCCACUCCCUCCCCUAUUUUUCCCUCCACACCCCUUCUCUCUGGACACUCCAAGACCGGCAGCAAGGAUUGCUGUACCCAGACAGACAGAGGGGCUGAGCAAAACAAAUCUCCUUCAGUUACUGCUUCUCCUGGCCCAGGGAGGCUGGCUACUCCAAGCCCUAUGUACAACUCGGACAGAGCAGCGGAGACUGUUUUCCAGUCAAGCACCUUGGAUCGGAAGAACCCUCUCCCACCUCUGGGGCAGGAUCUCACGGAUGGGGAGUUGGUGGAAUAUCUCAUAUAAGCACAGAAUUUUUUUAAAUUGUAUUUUUCAGUUAUUUAUAGGAAGAGUGGCCCCAAGUUAUUUAUUUCCUUGGCAAAGGAAAUGAGUUUAUUUUCUAUUACAGCAAUCUUUCCUUUUCGUAUUUAAAAACCACAUUAUAUAUUUUGUACCAAAAAAGGGGGACUGAAUCUCUGCAGAACAUUGUCUUUUCCUGAUUGACACAUGAAGGGUUAACUUACAUGUCAUUUUCUCUAUGUGUAGCAUUACCUGCCAACAGAACUGCGCCAAACAAGAAUGCACUUCUCUCAUAAUGUGAUAUGAAGAAAAAUGUGGGUGGGUGUGAGUGGGCCCCACAAAAUGUUUUUCUGUUGUUUCCGCCACCUUUUGAUUAUUUACAGUGUCAAAAACGUGUUCAUCAGUAUUUUAGUAGAUAUGAUAGUCAGAAAAGGGUGAAGUGUUUCUGGGAUCUUCUAUAUUAGUAACAGCAAAGGGCUAAUACAACUGAAUCCUGUGAAUCCAAAAUGUGGAGCAAAAUACAUUUGUAUAUGUAACAGCUUUCAAACCUUGGCAGGAGCUGCCAGUAUUUGUAGCCUUAUUAUGCACAAGCCAAGCCAUUCAUCUGUUAUAAGCCAUCUAUGCUUCCUUUAGUAUCCUUCUGUAGUGGCACCAGUUUGAUGUGUAUAUCUCUACAUCUGAAGUAGUUUUACUGUGACCUGCCAUAAUAGAUACUACCAAA